UUUGAUCAGCUGUUGAGUCUGUUUUUAGAGACUGAUGCUGGUGGGUGAACACGUGGGGAGGAGAGCGACUUUCCGUAGGGCACACGUUGGAGAAGCUGACAUUGUGAUAGAGCCGUGUUCCCCUCACCGUGGCGGCGCCGAGGAGCUGAACAUCCAGUGUUGCUGCUAGAGUCCUGAGGAAAUGCCACUGAGGUUUCGAUCUGUUGUUCCCUACACACUGCCUGGAGUCCUGGCACUGAUAGGCUGGUGGUGGUACAUUUCACGGAAAAAAGAGCGAAUCACCAGUCAUGACAGUCUGGAGGGGGUUCCAGCCACAGUGAGCCACUUAAGCACCCCAGUAGAGGGUAGCAAUGGUCUAGUUGAGAAAGGCACUGUAUCCCCAACAAAUGACACAGAGACCAGCACUCACCCACAGUCCAGCAGAAACAGACCUUCAAAGGCCAAAGAGCAGAGAUCAACUGAACAAGAAGUUGCCCAGGUUCAUCUCCCAAACACUGAACCCUCACAGGAACAGAGCUCUGAAGUAGCAGAUUCUCACUCUGACAGAGUUAGAACAGAGGAAAUCCAUAAGCCUUCAGUUUCAGCUCUGCCACCACACAACAUUAAAGAGUUCCCUGCCUUCCAGGUGUCUGUGAAAGAUGACAAGGACCCAGAGAGAAACCUGGCACCUGACUUAGUGACUGAAUCUGGGAAACACAUUGUCAAAGAUCCAACUGCUGAUCCAGACUCCAUAGUAGAAGCAACCGUCUUGCCCUGCCAGUCUGCCCAAUUGACCCAAGUUACCAGUACCUCCCCCACAGUUGCAGAUCUUGCCAAUGCCGAGAGGCCGGAGCCAGAAGGCGAAGUUGCAACACAAGAGGUGGUAGUGCCCUGUGUAGCACAGCCAGUGAAGGAUCACCUGACAGCUAUCACUACCAAAGAUUGUCCAGUCACCCCCGCCAAAGCCCACAGAGCGAUCACACCAGAGGCAGACUCUUUGGAGACGCACGUGUUAGCGCAAGGCUUCCGCCACCACGUGCUAACCAGCAUACCUACCUCUCCGGCCUCAACCCUGACUCCUGUAGCCCAGGCCCCAGCCCAAGACUCCACCUCCCCAGCAGUGGCCUCAGAGGACAUCCUUGUAAGCAGUACCAGUGGUGAGGAGCAGGAUCUGGAGCUCCUAGCAGCCGGACUGAUCACUGAGGUCAUCUCGGCAGCCACCCAAGAGGUCCUUGGUGUUACCAGCUGCCAGGACACAGACAACAGCCAACCUAGUUGCAGCAGCACACCACUGGCCAAUGGCAGGCCAUGUUCCCAGCAAGAGCCAGCACAGCAGCAGCACAUGUUACCAACAGGUCUGUCCCAGAUCGGCUGUGAAUUUAGAGAGGCAGAGUUGGUGGAAGAGGCAGAGCAAGGAAUGCCUAAUGGGUGUUCUUCAGCCCCAGUGUGGGAGCCCACUGAGGCUAGUCACAGGGAAAUUGAGAUACAAAAUGAAUUGAGAGGCCACUGGCCAACAACAUCACAUCAAGCAGCGCAAGGUGCUCCACUGCCAAACCUGGUUAAACUGAAAACUGAAGGGGGAUCAGCACUGGCCGAGGACUCCGCUUGCAGCACAUGCCAUUCUGAGGACGGCGUCAGCAGUGAGGACCUCCAGAACAGCAUCCCUGACAACCAGACGGACCUGAUACAGGUUACAGACAUGUCAGCAGGAGAUCCUGCACAGCCGCUGGCUGAGACUGCCCCAGAGACAACAGUCUUGUCCUUAGCGGAAGCAAACACAGUAGAUACUGUGUGUGAGAUAAAAAGGCUCAAUGGACUGGGCCUGAGGAACGGCGCUCACGGGACAAGUGAGGUGGAGACUGAUCAGUCUGGAGGCUCUGAUGUGAAUAGUAUGGACUCGAUGGACAGCGGCUGCACUAUGGGUGUCGGGGAUAGCCAGAGCAACAAUGCCACGGCCUCGAGCUCUGACGUCAUCAUUUGGGAGAUUGAGGUGCCAAAGCAUCUGGUUGGGCGGUUAAUCGGGAAGCAGGGGAGAUAUGUGAGUUUCCUGAAGCAAAACUCUGGUGCAAAGAUCUACAUUUCCACCCUGCCUUACACACAAGAGUUCCAGAUCUGUCACAUAGAGGGCACCCAACAGCAAGUCGACAAAGCCCUUUCAUUGAUUGGGAAGAAGUUUAAAGAUUUGGACUUGACCAACCUAUAUGCACCUCCACCUCCACCACUCACAUUGCCAUCACUCCCCAUGACCUCCUGGCUUCUCCUCCCAAGCGGCGUGACAGUAGAAGUGAUUGUGGUUAACAUCGUAUCGGCGGGCCACGUCUUCGUCCAGCAGCACACCCACCCGACCUACCACGCCUUGCGAAGCCUCGACCAGCAGAUGUUCCUGUGCUACUCGCAGCCAGGGACCCCUGCCCUGCCCUCACCUGCUGAAGUGGGCGUGAUCUGUGCAGCUCCAGCCGUUGAGGGAGCCUGGUGGAGAGCUCAGGUCAUCACUUUCUACAAAGAGACUAACGAGGUGGAGAUCAGAUAUGUGGACUACGGCGGCUACGACAGAGUCAAGAUCGACUCCUUACGGCAAAUAAGGUCAGACUUUGUAACAUUACCUUUCCAAGGUGCUGAAGUAUUACUUGACAACAUCGCCCCCCUUCCAGGAGAGGAUCGGUUCUCGGCGGAGGCCACCUCGGCGCUGGAGGAGAUGACCCGGGGAGUGCCGCUGCUUGCACAGGUCUCAAACUACGACAACAACACAGGCCUGCCUCUGGUUCAGCUCUGGAACAUGGUCGGAGACGAGCUGAUUUUGGUGAACCGCACACUGGCAGAGCGGGGCCUGGGUGUUUGGGUGGACGGAUUUUGAAGCCCCGCCCCCGGUCACCCCGUCCCAUCCCCUUCUUCUCCUCCGAUUGGCAGUCAAGGACACAGGAACACCUUUUUCACUCUGCAGCGGGAAUACCCACACAACCACUGGAUUUGAGAAGAUUGUUUUUGCUUUCUUUUUCUUUCUUUUUUUUUUAUUACACCACUUUUCAAAAAGAAAUGAAAUUAAAAGUUUUUGUUUGCAGGCAUAAUCUAAGAGAACCAAGUACUGCUUGAGAAUAAGCCAACUUUCUCUUUGCCCCUCCACGUCCCCACACACAAAAAGAACUUAAAGAAGAAAAUGGUACUUGUAAAUUUUUAAAAAGAAAUCUAUAUUGUAACUAAAUAAAGGUUAAUCUGAUUGCGUUUUUCCCCCCCGUCCUACCUGAAAUUUUCCUCUGGGCCUCAACACUAUCUGACUGUGGAUCGUCAUGCUGUGGAUAUUUAUCUCAACUUCUCAACAUGUGUCCGUCAACACCACCAUCAGCUGACUGUCUAGACACUUGUAAUGUGCAGUUGACAAUAGGCGUACAGUUUUUCUUCAUGUAUACAGUUUGGAGGUCCAUUGACACUUGUGAUAUAUGAGAUUCUCAUCUGUAGGUUUUUGUGCCUGUCUCAGGCACCGGCUGCAUUUCACUGUCGAGUUUUUUUUUCCGUUUUUUGUUUUUGUGUUUUGUUUUGUUUUGUUUUUUUUGUUUUUUUUUGGUUCUUCCAAAUAACACAUUCAGCCCCACCGGCAUCUGGAUUUGUCAAGCGAGGCGGAAACCUUAGAGACUGAUGAGCGGUAGCGCAGCAGAGAGCAGUGGAGGACAGAGAGUGCUUUCCUGGUGGAGAACCAGGUGCUCAGGAGGCAUGACCAGGCCUGCUUCAUCUUGCCCUGGCCUUCAUACAUCCCUGUGGCCUUACGGAGAAAUGGGCUUCCUUCUCUGGGAUCUCCAUCCUGCAGACAGACAGACAGACGCUCCCUCCAGUUAGUCGAGGGUCAGCUUGUUGCCUCCACCAUCCAUCAAGCUAGCAUGACCAUUCUCCAGUACUAAAUGCUGCGUUCACUGAUAUCAGAAAUUCUGACCUCCUACUUGACAAAAAAUACCGUAGAGCAACCAGGUCAAAAUUCCAGUAAGGAAACCCGUUGAUACACUGCAAAUGCAACACAGCAUUGGUUUUAACAUGUAACUACACUAAAGUGAUGUGUGUUUGACAUUACGUCACCAUGGAUCUAUCAAAACACUCAACUGCUUGAAGGACCAUACCAGUGUUUUUCCCAGUAUCUACAAAAUAAUAGAAUUAUGAGUAACUCAGAUAUAUCGAAAAUGCAUUCAAGUGCUUAGUGCAGGAAUCCAGAAAUAAGAUAUUUGAGUUGAGUGUCUUCAUAUGAAGUUAUGCUGCAGCCACUCUCAAUGAGAUGGUUUGCCUAUUAAGAAGCCUGAGAGGCUGUGGGAGGAAGCUGAUCAACAGUCUUGUGGUUCUAGUGCAGAACCUCCUGCCCAGUGGCGGAGGGUCAAAGUGUCUUCGAAGUGGCUGUGAGGGUUUCCCCGAUGAUGUUCAGUGCCUUGUGAAAGCAGCAGCACUAGUGAGAAAAGUACAAUAUCUGAUAAUCUUUUGCCAAUUUAUUGCUGCAAUUUUUUCCCCAAAGCAAGUAGUCAUAUUUCACAACUCCAAUAUCAUUUUCCUCCCUUUCAUCCAGCCAUUGGUUUCCAUUCAUUCCACUACGAUAUGAACAUAAACUUUGAGACUUUGGGCUUUCUUCGCAGCAGUAGUCCAUCACCAUAAUGAAGUCCUCGACAUUAGUUUUCCUAAAAGCAGCAGCACUGUGUUUUGUUUACACAGAAAAUUAUUAGUCCAUGGUUGCUGAAUGGCAACGUCUUAUUACAAAACAUUAUUAGAACAUGCACCCAGUAAGUAUCUUUAAUAUGGAAUGCAGUGACAUGAUUCAGAAAACUGAAUCCACAGAAUGUCGCAGAUUGUCGAUUUGUGAAUUAAAACAUGAUAUUAGCUCGAUUCCUUGAGCAUUUCUGACAAAAAUUUAUACCAUGAAUACUCAGAAAGGAAAGAUCUGUGUAUUUCUUGCGAGAGUCUAAGGAAAGACUGUGUUUAAUGUGGGAACCACUCCCCAAAAUGAUGUUUUACAGGUGCCCAAAUGCAAAAUGGCUGACUCCAAUCCCUUCUGGAGAUUCCCAGCUUUUGAACAAGGUGUUGCAUGACCAGAUAUCACUCAUCAAACAUCAUGAUAAUUUAAUCAACUCUUGCUUGGCUCACGACAAAUCCUUCAACAAAGUGUCAUGUUAAUCCGAUAAGAACUUUUUUAGAUAUCUUGGUAACAGACUGGACAGUUACAUGACCUCUUUGGAGGAAGUAAUAAGAUGGAUGCUUCUAUAUAUUUGAUUAUAUCCUGUGAAAUCUUUAGUAUGCCCACAUGGUUAACAAAAUGAUCUGUUGCCAAUGGGCCAAACAUUCAAAAUCACUGGUAUGGUCCUUUUACUUUGAAAUGAAAAGUUGCACCUACUGUUGCUCCCAGGGGUUUUCUGAACUGGACAAGCAGAAUGCACAAGCAGUCAAGAAUAUCUUUGAACGCAGCAUUAGCUCCACACUACAUAGAGAUGCAUCAUAUCUGGAGCUGGGACUUGGAAGUGUGAUGGGGGAGUGCUCCUCAACGGUUGUUCAUAUCCCUGAGCCUCAGUCAGCGGACCAGGGACUUCAAGAGGGGAAGCAAUGCACUACAAACUCUUGGACAGACCAUAACAUCUAGCUUGACAGAAGCACUAUUUACAAGAUUUUAGUUUGCCUUGCUCCACGGCUCUAGGCCUACUACAUGUGUACAAAUCCAGACUGUAUCCUUCACCGCAUGCAUGGUAAAACCAUCCCAGGUGCGCCCUUCUCCUGUGGUCUUUACUGUUGACAUCUCCAUCAUCUAGCAUACAGACAUUACAAAUUAAAGGUAAAAACAACAACGUGUCUUCGUAAGGUGUUUGUUCACCAGGAGCCACCAGAGCAGCUUCAGUGCACCUUGGCUCAGAUUCUCCAGGACUCUGGGACUCUGCUGCAGGGACGGGACACCAUUCUUCCAAAACAUAGUCUAGUGGCACUGGCCUACUGAGAUGUGGACAAAGAGAUGUGUGGCGUCCACCAGGAGAACACUACAGGCCUGAUUGCUGGACCUCUACAGUGCGGUGGUCUGCUGGCUCUGUUAGGAUGUGGGGUGCACUGAGGAAUGGAUCAUCUUUUGGAAGAGUGGUGUUCAAUCCCUCCACCUGAGUCCCAGAGACUUGGAGAAUCUAUACCAAGGAACACUGAAGCUGUUCCGGUGGCUCCAACACCUCACUGAGACACUUUAUGUUGGCUUUUCCUUGAAUUUGUCUGUAUCUUCAUCUGUCACACAAGGAGACAUUUUUAUCAGGCCAGUAGCACACUGCUGUUCCACGUUUUGUAUUCCCAUCCAGAGAUAAGGGUAAAGGAAAUAAAUAGGGUCUCAAAGAUCUCUUUCUUCCCAGCCGCAUACCCAAAGGGUCGAAGUCUGUGAUGGCUCUGUGCAUGGUGAAAACUGCAGUCUAUAUCAUCUAUUAUCAUCUAUAAAGGGAACACUCCUGUUGGCUCAGUGGUGUAUUAAAGUGCAGUGUGACUCAGUCCAGAGUACAUAAGCUGUGAGAACCACAGUCAUCCUGCAGGAAGCAUGGCCGCUUCUCACAGCGUUGCAUUUUUCUGUUGCAUUUGGGUUAAGACUGCAUCUAAAUUUGGCUCAUCACACUUAAAAGUACGCAUAGUUCAGAUUAUUUUUUAACACAUUUUAUCAUCAUGAAGUUUUAAUCACUGUUCUGUAUCUGUAGCACUGAAGUCAAGCCUAAACCAUGUUUGGACUCCUGCUAUGACAAUGUUAAGAUUCAGCCUAAAUUCCCUUCAGGUUUUUAUUUCCAAGAUGACUGUAAUUCUAAAUAAUGUUUUCUCACUGUAUUUCAUGUUUUUAACCAAGUCUGUUUCAAUGGGUAAAACACACACUAAAAGGAACAAAAUCACUAGUGUUACCCUAGCAAUAAGGCAGCUUUAUUCUGACUAAGCUGAAGGAUGGGAUGCAAGAAGGGGUUUCAAGUGUUGGAUUCGACAUGAAGGACUAACGGCUAGAGAAUGUUUACUGCAUAACCGUUCUCAACACCAUAACACAGGUCUAUAGCACUUUGUCAAAAAAGGUCGAACUCCUCAAUAAUGCAUAACUUCUCAGGAACAGUUUGGUGUUUGAUUCAUGAAUUGGAAUGUCUGAGGGCAGCUGAUGUAGGAAAGUGUGUACAAUGACGUUAAACGGUGUCUCAUUUCUUGAAAACCUUAUUGAAAUAAGGAUAUAUAUAUAUAUAGGAAUUAAAGGAUAAUUGCGGUAUUUUUCAACUCGGGGGCCCAAUUUUUCAACUUUUCAGGGUCCAGAUGACUGAAGUGGAUGUUGGUCCAAAAACGGCUUGUCGGGUUACGUCCAUUAAAAAUGUUUUUGCCACCAACAGGCUCGGAAAUGAGUGUCUUGAAUGUUGUGAAGACACUCACUUGGAAUCCAAAGGGUGGAAAAAUAGUGCCCGAGUUGAAAAACACUGGAAUUAUCCUUCGAAGGUACCUCAGCAAUGAAUUGCGUUAAAGGCUUGUGUGUUUGUUUCAUCGCCUGCCGGGUCAACUGGUACUGGAAAUGGAGCAGUAGCCAUAUUGAUGGAUUGUUGUUAACUCAAUGCCCUCCUCCUACUCCUCCUCUCCAUUUGAACUUUUGAGAUGAGCUGUCCUGUCCCCUCUUUCAAGUUUGUUUUCCAGCUUGAUCAUGCCAUACCACCGUACGAAAUAAUCCCAAACCUCGCUGCCCCGACCCCCCCACAAAACAAAACAACAGCAAAAAAAAAACCACAACAUAAUAA